AUGAGGACGGCCGCUGAGUUGAUACCUGUUAAGAAACUCUCAAUUUGUGCCCUGAAAAGCCAUAAUGGAGAUAUCAAUGCCUCCACCUCAGAUAUAUGUAGAAAAAACUCUGGCCAUUAUCAAACCAGAUAUUGUUGACAAAGAGGAGGAGAUACAAGAUAUUAUUCUUAGAUCCGGAUUCACCAUUGUUCAGAGAAGAAAACUACACCUCAGCCCUGAGCAAUGUAGUAACUUUUAUGUGGAACAGUAUGGAAAAAUGUUUUUCCCCAAUUUAACAGCUUACAUGAGUUCUGGACCACUUGUCGCCAUGAUAUUAGCUAGACAUAAAGCCAUCUCUUAUUGGUUAGAACUUUUGGGACCAAAUAAUAGCUUAGUAGCGAAGGAGACACAUCCAGACAGUUUGAGGGCAAUUUAUGGCACAGAUGACCUAAGGAAUGCACUUCAUGGGAGUAAUGACUUUGCUGCUGCGGAAAGAGAAAUACGUUUUAUGUUUCCUGAAGUGAUUGUUGAGCCCAUUCCAAUUGGACAAGCUGCUAAGGACUAUUUAAAUUUACAUAUAAUGCCAACUCUGCUUGAAGGACUCACAGAGCUUUGUAAGCAAAAACCAGCAGAUCCUUUGAUUUGGCUAGCUGAUUGGCUGCUGAAAAAUAAUCCUAACAAACCCAAACUUUGUCACCAUCCAGUUGUAGAAGAACCUUAUUAAAAAAAAUCCUCGAAAGAACAAAUCAUGAACUAUCUUAUUGUAAAAGGCUGUACUUCUACUGUUUGAAAAAAUUAUUUCUAGGGUUUAAGUAACUACAAGUAAAAUAAAUUUAUUUCUUAAAAAUAAGUGUUACAGGAAUAACUAUUCUAUGAAGCAGAUAACAUUAAGGUAAAAUAUAGGCUUAGAGUAUGAUUUUAACAAUGAUGUAACACUAGAUAAUGGAAAACUGAUGUAAGAUGUUGCUAGAUGUUUUUGUUUUUCUUAAGUUUGAGAAGUAAGACAUAAAGUUUAGUUAUACAUUUUCCCAAGCACAUAUCCUAUAUCUAGAUACAUAAUUAAUGCACAGUUGAGACAGUCUAGUUUAAAAGGCGUAGGUCCUUUUGUAGUCCAUAAGCAUGAUGAUUUGGUUUCAUGCUCAUGUGUGAGAUAUGCUUCCCUCAAACCUUGUUACAGCAUCAUCACAUUACCUGUUUGAUGUAAAAAAUAAAAAAUAGAAAGGUGUAAGUAUAUAAAUAAUUUUUUGGUACAGUGAAAAUGGCCAGAACCAGGGGAUGAUCUUAAACUAAUCACUUGGAUAACUAUUAGGCUGGUGCAAAAGCAAUUAUGGUUUUUGCCAUUAAAAACAAUGGCAAAAACCACAAUCACGGCCGGUCUUGGUGGCUCACGCCUGUAAUCCCAGCACUUUGGGAGGCCGAGGCGGGUGGAUCACGAGGUCAGGAGAUUGAGACCAUCCUGGCUAACACGGUGAAACACCGUCUCUACUAAAUAUACAAAAAAUUAGCUGGGCGUAGUGGCGGGCGCCUGUAUUCCCAGCUACUCGGGAGGCUGAGGCAGGAGAAUGGCAUGAACCCAGGGGGCGGAGCUUGCAGUGAGCUGAGAUCGCACCACUGCACUCCAGCCUGGGCGACAGAGCGAGACUCUGUCUCAAAAAAAAAAAAAAAAAGAAAAAAGAAAAAAAAAAAAGAAAGUAUAAUGUAAGAAAAUGUAAAAACAAAAAGAAAAA